AUGGCAGAUGCAGCAAAGCAUCCGUCCAUCAAUGACUGGAGGCCGGUCGCACAACUCAAAACCCUCUACUCUCUCCCCAAAACCAAGAGAUCCUCUGUUCUCUAUUAUGGAUUCAUGUUCGCUUUCGUUGCUUUCGUUCUGUUCUUAGCCUUUACUCCUUCCUCAGACUCUUCUUCCCUGUGGUUCGCCAGCAUCUUUACUAGUUUUAGCACUGGUAAUAGCAGCAUUGCUCUCAGUAGCUUCAGUUCUUCGGUUGUGAAGAAACCGAGAAAUGGGACUAAUGCCGGUUUGGGGGAAAAGCUGACGAAUUGUGAUUUAUUUGAUGGAGAAUGGGUUAGAGAUGAUUCAUAUCCGCUUUAUAAACCGGGGUCAUGCUCGUUGAUUGAUGAGAAAUUCAAUUGUUUUGCCAAUGGUAGGCCUGAUGAUGCUUACUGUAAACUCAAAUGGAAGCCAAUGGGUUGCAGUCUCCCAAGAUUGAAUGGAAGUCACAUGUUGGAAUUGUUAACGGGAAAAAGGUUAGUUUUCGUUGGCGAUUCUCUCAAUAGGAAUAUGUGGGAAUCUCUAAUUUGCAUUCUCAGAAACUCAGCAAAAAAUCAAAGCAAUGUUUAUGAAGAAUAUGGCAGCAGGCAUCAGUUUCGGUCCAGAGCAUCUUAUUCUUUUGUGUUCAAAGAUUAUGAUUGCACUAUUGAGUUCUUUGCGUCUCCUUUCCUGGUUCAAGAAUGGGAAACGCCGUUUCAAAACGGAUUGAAGAAGGAAACGCUUCGUCUUGAUAUGAUAGAGAAGUCCGCCGAUGAGUAUAAAAGCGCGGAUAUCUUGAUCUUCAACACGGGACAUUGGUGGACUCAUGAGAAGACUUCCAAAGGGAAAGACUAUUACCAAGAGGGUAGCAAUGUGUACGUUGAACUGAACGUUCUUGAGGCGUUUCGGAAAGCUUUGACAACAUGGGGAAGAUGGGUCGACGCCAAUGUUAAUCCAAUGAAAACUCUAGUUCUCUUCCGAGGCUAUUCAGCCAGUCAUUUCGACGGUGGACAAUGGAAUUCUGGCGGGCAAUGCGACCAAGAAACAGAGCCAAUCAAGAACAAGACCUAUCUAUCGUCGUACCCACUGAAAAUGAAAGUGUUGGAGAGAGUAUUGAAAGGGAUGAAGACCCCGGUGGCUUAUAUGAACAUCUCGAGAAUGACAGAUUACCGAAAGGAUGGCCACCCAUCGAUCUACCAGAAGCAAAAUUUGUCCAAAGAGGAAAGAAAGUCGCCAUUGAGGUCUCAGGAUUGUAGCCAUUGGUGCCUCCCGGGCGUGCCAGACGCGUGGAAUGAGCUGCUUUAUGCAGAGCUUUUGAGAAAACAAAAGUAGAAGUCGGAACAACAGAAAAAAGACCAUAGGUGAAUGGUGAUAACACAAACACUUUCGUAGGUUGCAAAUUGUAUAUCUUGUAUUCAUUUCUUUUUAAGAUUAUAGAAUCAAACAACCACUGUCCUGCUGCUAAA